AUGUUCAAAUCGCUUUCCUCCCGUUCUACUCGUUCGGUAUCCGUAUCUUCGUCUGGAACGACUACUUCACCGUCCACUCUAACAACGCCGACCUCAGCUACAUCCCUCCCCCCUACUCUGCCCCCCAUUGCCCCAACCCCUACCCGUGACGUUCCCACCAUAUGCGUCGUCGCAGCAACCCCCGGUACCCCCGGCAGCCCAAUCAUCGAAAAACGAAGGACACGUACAUUGGUUCCCAAGCGCCCCGUGAUCGGAAAGGAAAACAGCCCAUAUGGAGAAUCUUCUCGGGUUGGUUCCCUCGGUAGGGUCCGGCCCAAACAGCCUCCCACCAUUCCCGAGCAGCCGGUGGAUCCGAAAGUGGAGGUUGCCGACCUCGUCGCACGUCAGUUUGUUGCCUCUCGCAAUGAACGACAGGUUCAUACGAUGGGUCCAUCUAGCGGGUUCUCAUUCGUACCCGCUCCGAGAAACCCGUCUCCGCCAACAAGACAGACGUCAUAUCGGAUUAAGCCAAACAAAUCUUCUAAGCGAGCACACGGUGAAAACUGCACCGAAACUAGCGGUGGACAAGUUGAAGCUAUCAAGGAGACCAUCAGCAGGGGUACCAGACCUAUAUCUCGAAUUGGGAGCGAAGUGUUGGGUAGUCUUCGCGGGGGAACACUCACACGCGGGAGUAGUAGGGCCAAAGUUGGGAGCACGCGGGUCUUGACUGAUUCAAGCGCUCAAGAAGGGUCGACCGACGAGAACGCUGGGACAGCCUUCAUGGUAGCAAAGAAGAAGAGCCGAGGGACGCUGGAUAGCAUUCGGUGGGCUCUGGGGGAUAGGACUAAUGCGGCCAAGAAAGCGGAGAAGGAAAAGGAAAAGGCGGACAAAGCCAUGGAAAAAAGCCGACAAUCUCAGGACAGCUCGAGCUCUGAGCGACACAAGGUCAAGUUGACGAUUGAUACUCGGGCCCCACCAGUCGACAAGGCUCACCCAACCACUGAUACUCCAUCCAACAGUGCGCUCUCUCCGGUAGCGGAAACUCCCACCACAGCUCCUGCAGCCCCCACCACAGCUCUUGAAAGUGGAACAGAUAGCGAGGCCGUUACAUCCGGCACAGAGAAAAGUAAAUGGAAAUGGACAAUCGGACGUAGACGUGCAAAGUCUCCUGGUCCUUCCCUCUCGCCGACCUCUGAGCGUCCAGGCCAUACACGAACAAUGUCGCUUGAUGUGGACGCCCUUUUGGCCGCCGCGAAGUCCGAGGGCCGUGAUGAGGGCAUGGGAACCUAUGCAAGACGCCGACACCGGACUGCUUCAUUUGACUUGCCAACUCUGCUGCAAAGUACUGUAACUGAAGAUCAAGUUGAAAACCGCGGCUCUCCACUCCCACCCCAGCCUCUGCCCGUUGCGAUCGCCCCGGUCGAUUUUGGCCAAGAGCCCAAGGCUAUUCGGAAAGGCAGCACCGAAAGCGCUGAAACCCAAGCGAGCUCCGGAACUAUGCGGAGAUCCAGUAUUGCCAAUUUGAUCCAUGGCGACAGCGCAUCAAAUACUGGCUCACUGGCGUUACGAGCUAUGCGUUCAGUUCGAUCUAUUACAUCAAUUGCUCGCCUAGGGGGAUGGGGCAAAGGCGACGAGAGUGACAAGGGAAAAGAGAAGGAGGGUACUCUCAAGGACAAGAAGAAGCGGAAGGGUAGAAAAAUGCCGGCCUUCGACGAGGAUGAGCCUACCAAUACGUCUGAGGAAAGUUGGGAGGCGGGUGCAUUAGGGCGAGACCCAACCAUGACCCUGACUGCGACCGUUGGUCAGCCUAUCCUACCGAACCUUCAACUAGGGAACACACGUGGAGAUUUGGGAAUUGGGGGACCCGCAAGGGAUGGUACUCAAGAGGGUAGAGACUGGGUCGCGGGGGACCGCAAUGGCUCUGGAAGCUCAUCGCGAGUUGCGCCGUCCACGAUAUCCUUUGGAAAAGCCCAUCAGCCCCGAAUGUCGAAUGAAUCGUCUGGGAGCUCCAAUUAUCCUGCCAGUUCAACGCACGAAACAGCGUCCGUCACUUCUAGUAAACCUCGUCGCUCCAUGAGUGUGGAUUAUGACAGCCUCUUUUCUAUCGAUACCUCGGAAAUGGACGCUGGCUCUGGUACCCUGAAAAACCGGACAAAGCGUAAACAGGAUACUACCCGCCCACCUCCUAGGAGUUUGAUGGGCUUAUUCGAAGUACCGACUGCGCCUGCUCCUGAGAGUCCUGCACACGUUGAGGUCCAGGGCGUUAAAAUCGGCAAGGGACGUGUACGCGAACGCGUUCGGGAGUUUGAAGCCCGUGCCGAGGAACAUUCGUCAGCUGCUCACCCUCCCUAUGGCACCAUUCGUUCUGUUUCAGCCCCGUUCCCUGGACCAAUCGCACUUUCCAUAGGACCGGCCGCUGCCAAGGAAGUAGUUGUGCAGCAGGAUACAUUUUUCCAGGACCGAGAACAUGCUUUAUCCCUUGGUCGCAGUGCUAGCGUCCCACUCCUGGUCGAAUCACCAAAUCGCCCGACCCGAAUGCGACCGAAGAGUGAACAAUUGUUACGACGAUUGUCUCGGGAGGAUGCCGCCUCGAUUUCGAUGAUCAACGCUGCCAAUUCAGAUCUCUCUGAUCUCAUCAACCGCCUGGACCUUUCAGCUACUCCUGAUAGCAAGUAUCAAUUGAGCCCCCCUGUCUGCCGGGCUACUCCUAAAUUCGCUCAAGAGAGUCCCAGCAAACGUAGUCCUCGCGACCUUGCAGGCCAGCAAAGCCUAACAGCUAUCGUCGGAUACGGACACUCACGAACCUCCUCCGAGGAAGAUGUUGAUGCCGAAAUUCAGCAUGUUUUGUUCAAGGGUAAAACGUCUAAAGCUUCCGUGUUCACUUUUGCACCCGAUCUUUCCUCCGAACCUCAGUCUGCGUCAAUUGCCUCUUCUGCCUUGCAGGCUCUAGAUUCAGCACCCGAUAUCCAGGAUGAUACCGAUUGUGCCUCUGAAGAUUUCGAACAAGACACUCCUCGUGAGCGUUCGAGCCAAGCUGCCGUCAAGGCUCGUCGUCGGGCAGGGACAUACGAUAGGCUAGUUGGAGAAUUGAUGUCUGCGAGCAAGGAUAGUGAGGGUGGCUCUGAUAUUCCUGACGAACUACAGGCCAUCCUUACUAGCCAGAGCGAGGAUGAGUCUUCUCCUGUCCUGUCAUCUUCGUCAUCGCUCCCCUUGGAACCUAGGGUUACCCGACAGAACUCGAAAGUACAAUUCCAGUUGCCAGAGGAGCUCCGUGAGGAUACACAGACCGACAACGAAGAAGUUACAUUUGACUUCACUGGUGAGCUUGGGCAGCUCAAAGGUGGAUCAAGGAAUAGUUUUGUAGAGGUUCUUGUCUCCGCCUUCAAGACACCUGCUCUUCCUUCUGUUGGCGAGGGUCAGCUCCAGCUCAAUCUCGAAAGUCCUAUUCGGCCCUUGCAGCGCAGUGAAAGAGAUUUACAUUCAUCAGAAGAUCGUACUCCAACUUUUGCUCAAGCUUCCAAGACUGCUGCUGAACAUUCGAACCAAUACUUGCAGCCUGAUCGUAGCUUCGACAUCGGUCGACUGCCAGAUGCACGAGUGAGCGGGACAUUUGACUACGAAACUCUCAUGCGCGAGCUAGACGAGGUUUCAUCUGCUAUAGAAGAAUCAGUUCGGGCUCCCGAACCAUCUGCCAACCGCCGCCGACUCCACCGUUUGUCUACGGAUUCAGAUAGGUCUAGUUUAUUCCGAGGCGGUCGUAGCCAUCGACGAGACGAACCUACCGCAACGUUUUCCUUUGCUGCACCGCCAGUGAGCUUCCAUAAUCGCCCAUACAGCAAACAAAUCGUGCAUAGUAUGGAAAACGAUCACACUGGGCGGCUUUCAUUGACAGGCGAACUACCAGGGAGAGAUGGUGAAGAUUCUGAUCGAUUCGCUCGACCCGGCCUUGGCGACAAAAUGUUCCAAAUGGGUGCCGAACUUGGGCUACCUCUUCCCUCGAUUAUGGCGUCCCCGGCCAACAGUGAUGGAUCGGCAGGGCAACAGGCUGGAUACGAGGAUUAUACAGGAUAUUCGUACGCACCAGAACGAAGACUUUCGUAUGUAUCGGAUCGUCGAAACUCCUAUGCACCUUCCAUUGCAGACCAGCAGCGAAUGUCCUUCAUGUCUUAUGAUUCCUAUCUCGAGGUUCCUGGCAAUGGCAACGGACGUCGCUCCUCUAUCGAUGCUGAUUCUCUAUUCGAAAGGCGGGGCCGUCCAUCUUCUAUCAGCUCUGUUUCAAUAUUCGGGGACGACAAUCGUCGCCGCAGGCGCAGCAAAGUCUUCAAUCCCAAUUUUCGUCCCGUUUCGAUUAUUAGCAUGCAAAGCGAGACGACAGGCGAAGAUGACACAAUGGUCAGCAUGAUUGGCGGAUCAGAUGGAGCACGAGUCCCUCGAAAAUCAAUUGCUACCAACUUGCUUCUUGACGCAUCACCUUGCAUGCGUGCAGAGAAACGGGCGAAGGAGAUAGCUCGAGCUCAGCACAUUGAGGCAAACCGUGCUGCAUCUCUGUCGGCACUCACAGGUGAACCCAUGGACUUGACCCCUCCUCAACCAAAGUCAUCUGCAGACUCCAUCUUUGAAUACUCGCCCAGCAAGGGACGUUCCUGCAUCCCGUCCAGACCAUUUGCUCGACCCCGUCCGCCGGCUGGCUCUCAGUCUAUGGCCGACGAUAGUGAUGACGAGGAGUUUAGCUUGUCUGGCGGAACCCCCAUGCCUUCAAUGUUCAACAAGCUCACGUCCCCAGGAGUCGGAAGUACCAACACCUCGGUUCGCAAACGCAGCUCAGGAUUGAUCUGCACUGCUGAACCUCCAGACACUCCCCCGUUAUCGGAUGAGGAGCCAAUUUUUAGUGGUCCUCAUAUGAACAGAAGCAAAUCCCGAUUGGAAACUAAAGCUGGAAACGUUUCGAUUCUUGCACAAGCACCCCCUUCUACUGGUCGCCGCACACGCACCAGGGCCCAAGAGCAGCGUCAUCGUCUAUCUCGUUCAUCCGUAAACUUGUCCAUCUCGGAAGAUGACCUACCCCGUGGCGCGAGUGCUUUUGUGAGCAGGAGUCAUUCAAGCGCAGAUUCUUCAGUAUCGGAAUCAGUUAUCGUCAUCAACCCGGAUGCACAGAUGGCUGAAAUGAUCGAAAUGAUUGGUGCUGGACAUGUCUAUAGCAACGAGCAGCUGGAAGCAGUCACUCGGUAUCUCGCUUUGCGGAAUGAGGCAGUAGAAACAGUUGCUCGCUCUCAAAAAAUAUGGCAGGACACGGACUUCUCUCGGUUUACACUUUCUACAUUUAUCCCUCCAACGAACUCAUCGGAAAUCAAGGCUAUGAUUGAUCAUUCCCAGAGCGUCUACAACGAGAUUCCUGUUGAAGUUUACAGACGCCCUCGGUCUCGCCAUCCCCGGUCUUGCGCUCGCCCCUCCCCUUAUCAUAUCGCCCGGCACUCGUUUAAGAGCACUAUGUCUCCGCAUACACGCAUGGCCACGGAGAGUGUCGAGCAUGCGCUUGCUUUGCUCCCUCCUAUGAACGACACUGUCUCGCGUUCUCGUCCUGUUCCUGAAUCCCCAUACCUCGCACACACAGGUACGGGUUUGCUCAGUCCUGGACCUGGUGCCCGUUCAAUUGCUACUACGGUGCCUUUAUCCCCACUUGUCGUGAACGUGCAGACUGUGUCGACUAUAGGAGAUAAGCAUGCGAAAUCGGCUUUGCGGCCACGAGCAGGUUCGGGAAAUCGUAGCGCUCUGGGCUUGGGCAAGAAGCCGUCCUCGGGCCCGGCUAAUGGAAACGCCACAGGGACCCAGUCUACUUCUGCUAAGGAGAACGAGGCGCUUGGUACGAUGUCUAACAACAGCCACAACCUCCGCAUCAAUCGUCCGCGUCCCAAGGGGCGUGUUGCGUCUGGUACCGCCCGUCCCUCGGCUCUUCGUCUGCAAUCGAUUCGUUUUUAUACUGCUUUCGAUCAUGCACCCAUGCGUAAAAAAUGUGAUGAGACUAAACCGGGCUGCCAGCGAUGCGAGGGCUCUGGGAUACAGUGUCCUGGAUACGCUUUUAUUGCUUGUGACCCAGUAAAGCGCACAAAGUGCGCGAAAAAGCCCAUUCCAACAUUAAACACACAGCGACAAAGCAUUCCCACAGAUACUUCCUCAGAGGUUGCCGAAAGUUCAUCCGUCGUUGGUUCUAUAAAAUCCCCUUUCGACGUAACCGUUCACACUUCUGGCAAUUUUGGCUUAUCUGAAACAUCUUUGCUCUCAGAUAUGAUUGAUAACCACAGGGAGGAUAUAACUCGCGCCCACCAAUUAAACUCGACCUACCGGGCCGGAGUAGCCUAUGGUGAUCACUUUCAUAUGGGAACAGAACCAAAUUCCACCUUCCACAUACUUAAGGAACAGACGCAUGUUUAUUCUUCAGGCACUUCCAGUUACGAACAUUCCGACCUCGGCCAGCAACUUCUUCCUCCUCCGUCAUUGGAUCAGCCCUGUAGUUCCGAUCUCCGUGUUUACAGUGCCCAAGACUCUGAAGACGUCAGGCGAGUCAUCUUUGGCUCACUGGUGCUUGACAAGAACUCAGCAAGUAACACUCUCUCCUUUAUACUCGAAAGCUACGCGGCUUGGAUACAGCGGGCCGCAUACGACCCCGUACGAGUUGCACGGAGGUCCAAGGAUGCUAUUGUGAAGCACUAUGGAAGCUCGAUAGAGUCACGCUGGACGAUCACUCUGAUGGCAAAUCUUGUUAGAAGGCUAGCCAAGAGCAGGUCGACAGAUGUCAUCUAUACCCGUGCGUGCUCGACAAUGGUUUCUGCCCUACAGGCACGGCUUCGGCACGAUAUUGCAUUUGUCGUUUCUCGUGACCCCUGCGAAACCGAGAUGCUCAAGGCAACCAACGUGUUUGAUAGCGCCCUAGGAUUGGCAUCUAUUUUGACUACCUCCGGUAGCAUAGUAGCCGGAAUGAAAACCCUGGGGGAAGCUGCACCCGUGUUUCGCUGGCUAUGUCCAGGCUCGCCAGGAAAUCAAGUACACUUGCAAACGCUGUUCCUGCACCCUGUCGACUCUCUCCGCGACCAUGCUAUAAUGGAUCUGUUUUCGAGUAUUAUAGUUCCCAGACCGACGAUCUUUCAAUAUGAUGCUACAAUCGACCCCAAACUGGAAUCAUCUGUGUUGGCUUUCAGUGACGACGUAGGAAUACAGUGGGCGCGCGGCAUUCCCGACCAGAUCACUCUUGCGUUCGCAAGGAUCAGCUCUCUGCAACGCAGCCUCACUUGGGAACCCAGGGAGCUCGACGAGCUUGAGGCCAUGCUUCAGAGCUUUGUGCCCCUCCCGACCAUCUCCAGUGACUCGCACACAGCUCUUGCAAGGGCUGUGGUUCAGGAGUGCUGGCGCGAAGUCGGAUAUAUCUACUUGUAUAUGGGUGUAUGCAGAGCAAAUGCCGAAGACCGUCGGGUUGUAGAAGCGCUGUCAAGAUUUCUGAGUGCGAUCAACAGAGUGAAGCCGGGCCGUGUUCCCGACUCGUUCCUUAUGAUGGGCCUUAUAAUUUCAGGACUAGUUGCGCGUAAUAACGCUGAUCGUGCUAUCAUCAUAGAUCGAAUACGCGGUGUGGAAGAAGUAAAGUACAGCGGGAACAGUAUUUGUUCAAGGUUGGAACAAAUCUGGAACACAGUUGAUGCUGAGAGCCGACCGUCGGUCUGGGCUGACUGGAGAAUACCUUUUCUAGACAAGGCAGUUUCUCGUUGA